AAGAGAUUUCGUGCCAACAAGUUAUUGAAUCAGAAUACUAUAAAUGCUUCAACUCUGAUUGUGCAACACAUAAACACAUAACAGACUUCCGUGAGUAUCAGAAAAGAAAAGAGAAGAUAAAAUGGGUGCUUCUCAAUCAAUCUCAGAAAACUCUAUCCACGAAUUCACUGUAAAGGAUGCCAGGGGCAAAGAUGUUAACCUAAACGCUUACAGGGGAAAAGUUCUUCUUGUAAUUAAUGUUGCUUCAAAAUGUGGAUUUGCUGAUGCCAAUUACACACAGUUAACUCAGCUUUAUUCGACAUACAAGAGCAGGGGUCUUGAGAUAUUGGCAUUUCCAUGUAAUCAAUUUUUGAAGAAAGAGCCUGGGACUAGCAUUGAGGCACAUGACUUUGCAUGUACAAGAUAUAAGGCUCAGUAUCCAAUUUUUGGAAAGAUACGUGUGAAUGGAUCAGAUAGUGCACCAGUUUUCAAAUUCCUGAAAUCACAGAAAUCUGGAUUUGUGGGAUCUAGAAUCAAAUGGAAUUUCACUAAGUUUUUAGUUGAUCAAGAAGGCCACGUCAUCAACCGUUAUAGUCCAACCACCAAGCCUUUAGCCAUUGAAAAAGACAUCAAGAAAGCAUUGCGGUUGGCUUGAAAGACGACUCUACAAUUAUUUCAAACGAUUGCUCGUGUUCAAGAUAUCUCAAAACAAAAUGAAAAGAUUAUGUGAUUGAUGUUUAUUCUAUUCAUUAUUUAUCUUAUCUUUAUGUCCAUGGUUUUAUUUCUCAUCUUGUAUCAUUCUGUUCAAUUUUAUUUCAAGGAAAUUAUUAUUC